UUCAAUGAUCCUCCCUGGUAGUGAUCUAUAAGUUUUUUACUUUGUUUUAUUUUAUUUUAUUUUUCUUUUCUUUUCUUUUCUUUUCUUUUCUUUUCUUUUAUUUUUCUUUCCUUUUCAAUUCUUAUUCAAUUCUUCAUUACUCGUUUGGCUACACCUUUUUUCCCACCUUUUAUAGAUUAUUUAAUAGACUGCGAUCGUAACUAGUCGUGAGAGCCUUAUCUAUCAGUAGAUUAAUUUAAAGCUCGGUAGUGAAAAAAAUGAAAAAUAGGAACAGGAAGUGAGUGGCGGACCACAAAUUUAUCUUUUAUAUCUAAGGGGUUUACUAGUACUAGAGUUAUAGUUAUAGUCAUAGUUAUAGUUAUAGUUACAGUUACAAAACAGUUACAAUUACAAUUACAAUAUACAAUGGUAGUUACUGGUAGAUUUAAUAGAAUAUACGGAGUUAAUAUACCUGAAUUCUCCGGAUCUAAAUUAAUUAUUCCAUCAAUUUCUAUUGGGAAUAUUCCACAAUUUUCAGUAGAUUUAUUAAUUCAUAGUCUUGAUUUUAUUAAAAUUGGUAGUCUAGAUGAUAUUUAUCUUUAUCCAUUUGCAUCACCAAUUGAUCAUGCCAUUAAUAAAUCAGAAAUUGGGGUAUCAAAUACCGUAGAAAUUUAUUAUAGUGAAAAAUUACAUAUUACAAUUAUACAACAAAGAUCACCAAUUAUACCAAGUUUUAUUGAUAGUUAUAUAAAUGAAAUUAUUUUACCAUUUAUAGUAGAUUCUAAAUUUUCAAAAGUAAUAAUAUUAGAUUCUUCAGAUGCUGGAUUAAUUGAAAAUGUUGUUGAAAAAUCAAUUGUAAUUUAUACUAGUGAUGAUUUACUUAGUCAAUCAUUAGAAUCAUUAAAUUUAAAUUUAGCUUCAAAACAAAUAUCUUUACAAAAUAUUCAAUAUGAACAUUCAAAAUAUGUUCGAUCAUUAUUAGGAGCUCUUAAUCUGACAAGUUCAUCUCCAAAAGUUGAUACAAGUGUAUUAGUAAGUUAUGUUUAUGAAGGUGAUAAUUUUCAAGAUGGUGAAGAAUUAGCAAAUAAAGUAAUUGAUGUAUUGGAUUUACCUCCAAUAGUAGAAUGGACUCGUCCUAUUAGUUGGUUAGGAGCUUAUGGUGAUAAACCUGUACCAAAUGCAACAGAAGAUGGAUUAUUUGGUUGAUUAAUUUUGAUUAGUUGUUAGUUAAUUGGCUUGUAUAUAUGUGAAUAUGGUUUCAUAGUGUUGGAUUUAUACUUAGUAUUAUUAUUAUUAUUAUUAUUAUUAUUAUUAUUAUUAUUAUUAUUAUUAUUAUUAUUAUUAU